CGCGGUGUAGUGGCCGUUGCCGCUGGCCGGCGGCGCAGAGCGGAGCGGAGCCCGCUCGGGACGCUCUCCCGCACCGGCUGCCGGGACGGGGCGGCCGGUGCUACCACAGCGGCGGCCCCAUGUUUUCCUCCAGCCAGGAGGAGCUGUGCGCGCUGAACAAGGAGCCCGUCAAGUAUGGGGAGCUGGUGGUGCUGGGGUACAAUGGAUCCCUCCCUAAUGGUGACAGGGGGCGCAGGAAAAGCAGAUUUGCCCUUUAUAAACGAUCUAGAGCAAGUGGAGUUAAACCCAGCUCUGUCCAUGUCAUCUCUACUCCUCAAACUUCAAAGGCAAUCAGCUCAAAAGGCCACCACAGCAUCUCUUACACAUUAUCCAGGACCCAGACAGUUGUAGUGGAAUAUAUUCAUGACAGAGAUACAGACAUGUUUCAGGUUGGGAGGUCUACAGAAAGCCCCAUAGACUUUGUAGUAACAGACACUAUUUCAGGAAAUCAGAACAGUGAUGAAACCCAGAUUACCCAGAGCACCAUCUCCCGAUUUGCCUGCAGGAUUGUUUGUGACAGGAACCCCCCAUACACAGCAAGGAUCUUUGCAGCUGGCUUUGACUCGUCUAAAAAUAUAUUUCUUGGUGAGAAAGCAGCCAAGUGGAAAAACCCUGAUGGCCACAUGGAUGGAUUGACAACCAACGGGGUGCUGGUGAUGCACCCCAAGGGAGGCUUCACAGAGGAGUCCAAGCCUGGGGUGUGGAGGGAGAUCUCUGUCUGUGGGGAUGUCUACACGCUUCGGGAGACCAGGUCUGCUCAGCACAGGGGCAAACUGGUAGAAAACGAGACCAACGUCCUGCAGGACGGCUCCCUGAUCGACCUGUGCGGGGCCACCCUGCUGUGGCGGACGGCGGACGGGCUCCUGCACUCGCCGACGCAGAAACACAUCGAGGCGCUGCGGCAGGAGAUCAACGCCGCCCGGCCCCAGUGCCCCGUGGGCUUCAACACCUUGGCCUUCCCCAGCAUGACCCGCAAGGACGUGGUGAAGAAGGACGUGGAGGAGAAGCAGCCCUGGGCCUACCUCAGCUGCGGCCACGUGCACGGCUACCACAACUGGGGCCACCGCAGCGACACGGAGGUGAACGAGCGCGAGUGCCCCAUGUGCAGAACCGUUGGCCGCUACGUGCCUCUGUGGCUGGGCUGCGAGGCCGGCUUCUACGUGGACGCCGGGCCCCCCACGCACGCCUUCACCCCCUGUGGACACGUGUGCUCCGAGAAAACUGCCAAAUACUGGGCUCAGAUCCCUCUGCCUCACGGCACUCACGCCUUCCACGCCGCCUGCCCCUUCUGCGCCACGCAGCUCACCGGCGACAACUGCGUCAAGCUCAUCUUUCAGGGCCCCAUCGACUGAGGAACCGCAAGGAAACGACCACAAUAAAAGUUUUUUUGAACGGUUUACUGUGAAGAUUUUUUGCCACUAAUUCUAGAUUUUACCUUUUUUUAUAAUGUUGUUAAUACAGGGGGAGGUAGGGUGGGGAUGGGGGAAGCGAUGAGGAGAUGGAGGGACCGUGGUGGGAUUGGGAUACAUUGAUACCUGGAACUCGACAGAUAUCAGUGGUGGUGCAUGCUCGAAAGCAGCAUAUUCUUGGAGUCUUCUUGGUCAAAUUGUAGUAUAUUUGUAAUCUUUUUAUUAGUACCCCGGAUCAGAAAAAGGUGUCUUAAAAUGAUUUUUUUAAGCUAAGAUUUUUUAAUGGAAAGGUUUUUUCUUCUAAACUUUGACAAGCCUUUAAAACCUAUUUUUCAAAUCUAGAAGGAACAUACAGAAUGUAUCUGUCUUUAAUUUGCAAUAUAAUUUAACUUGAAUAGUUUCUCAAGGAGCAAAUACAGAAUGUGUGGACAACCAUAGGUGAAUGUUCACUAGAGAUAAUUGGAUAUGUAAGAGAAAAAUUAGCUGCCUAAAGUGUAGAGGAUAAAAGCUAUUAAAAUAUCUAUUAUGGUAUAACACAGCUGGCCAAAAAGGCAUCAAAGAUUACUUGAAACUGAGGAAAUCCUGUUUGCAUUGAUUUCCUUUCAGUCUAGUAGAUAUCCACUGGCUAUUAGGUAUGGGAGAUGGCUCAUUAUUUUCUGCUUUGGUUUUUUUUUUUUCCCAUUUAACCUGCAUCUGGUGAAACCACUUUGCUCUUUUCCAUACUUAGCUCUGGGGUUUAAGCUGAUGUUCUCUGUGUGUGUGGUCUGGCCUUUGUAUUUCUGCUUUGCUUGCCCUCAGUGCUCCUUCCCCAGGACCUUUGGGUGAGUGGAGGCCACAGAUUCCCAAAAUGGUUUGGGUUGGAAGGGACCUUAAAGCUCAUCAGUCCCACUCCCUGCCAUGGCAGGGACAUCUUCCACUGUCCCAGAGUGCUCCAAGCCCUGUCCAGCUUGGCCUUGGACACUUCCAGGGAUCCAUGGGCAGCCACAGCUUCUCUGGGCACCCUGAUGGAGCCAGAGGUGUGUCCAGGCCUUGCUGCAGUGAUGAAGGGUGGUGCCACAGCAGGAGGUUCAGGUACAGCUGGUACAGAAUUUAUUUCCAUAAACCUGAAUUCAGGGGAGCACUUAGUCUGUCUUUAAAUCUGAGCCCAUGGUUGGGACUGUUGAGAUUCUCAAGAGCUUCAGUGCAUUGUGGUUAUUUGCUGUUAUGUUUUGAAAUAAAGAAAAAAAGCAAUUUAAAAUAAAUAAUUUUUUUAAGCUCACUUUAAGGCAUUUUCACUAGAAGGGAGAGCAUCAUUUCCAGUUCAGCUGAGCAUUUUUGUUCACUUUUCAACUUGCUGCCAUCUGUCACCUUUUCUUUUGCAGAUUGAGUUGUGUUUGUAUCUCUUUUUUCCCCCAAAUGUUUGCAAAUCAAACAACAUUCAAAUGUAAUCAAAUAUAUGCACUGGGGUGGUACAUCUGAAGUGGAUCACUUGAAAUUCGUGACUUUUUAAGAGAGCUGAUAAAUGUUUACUAUGGAAAUAAUUAAAUCAGAAUUUCAUAUGAGGUGUACCCUGCCCACUGCUAGGCUCAUUUCAUGCAGAAUGAUAACUCUCUGAUUUGUGGGUUUUUUUUUUUUCCUUUAUGCUUUCUGUACUCUUGGUAUCUGAGGUAUCAAUCUAUCCAGGUUUUAAAAAAAUAAUUUGGGAGAAAUCUAUAACGUCUCUAGAUGAAAUUGAUCAUUCAAGCUCAGUUCUGUUUAAUCAACUAUAGCUUUUUGCUAUAUUUGUGCCCUUUGUAUAAAUAUAUAAUUUAUAUGAUUUUAAUAUAUUCUGUAUAUAUAUAUACUUGAAUUGGCCUGUUCAUAUUUUGGUUGUAAAAUUGUUUUAUAGUUAACCUUAUAAACAUUUUACAUGUCCCUUGACAAUGGGGAUAGAUUUUGUCUGCUGCUGUUUUUAGUAUAAUUUUGCUGUAUACGUGUUCAGCAUUUUAAUAAUUUGAAAAUAGCUUUACUUUUUUUUAUGCUUUUGCUGUUAAAAAAAAUACAACUCUGCAGCAUUUUUUUUUCUCUAAAAGCCCCAAACUCUGUACAGUUUUUGUCCCACUCAGUGAUUGGAAACAGGAUAAACCUUGUUAACCUACAACUAUAUGCUUCUUCCUAGUGCCUUUUCAAAGAGAUCCUCUUGUGAUUCCAUAUUCCAAGUCCUUUCUCCCAGUCUUGUGGCUCAUCUCCACGGAGAGCAGCAGCCCAGCCAGGUGGGGGAGAAACCCAGCCCCAGAGGUGCCUCUUCCUCACCCCUGAGCCCCCCUGCAGGUUCCUCAGGUGCCACAGUCAUUCCUGGUUAGCAGAUACCUCAUUUGGGAGAGGCAGCCUCACUCCUCCCUCCCUCCCUCCCUGCUGGACUCACACCCAGGAGAUGCUCCUGGCUGCGUCCAGGCCCUGCUGCUCCCUCCCUGUGCAGCAUUCCCUGAGGCUGAGCUCAGCAGGGUCUGCACAUGGGCUUGUCUCCUCUGAGCCCCCACAGACUGGAAACACCCAGGCACCACCUCCCUCCCUCCCUCCCUCCCUCCCCCAGCUGCUUCACCCCUUCCCUUCACCGUGCAGUUGAAUUGCUGCUUCAGGGCUUCAUCUCCCUUCUGCUCCCUGUGGAAGGUGAAUGUGAGGUGUUGGAAGAAUCCUCUCUGGAAACACAGCACACCAUCAGGCUUGCUUUGUUUGCCUUGUGUGAAGCAGUACACUGGAUGAUGGUUUGUAUCCAAGGGAAGUGGCUCUUUGAAAUUGUUUAAACAAGAUUUUUUUUUUUUUCCUUUUGCUGUUGGCAGUUCUGUAUAACACAAGGAAAACUUUGAGAAUCCCAGAAUGGGCAAGGCUGGAAGCGACCACAGGGACUCAUCUGGUCCCACCUCCCUGCUCAAGAAGGGCCAUCCUGCAGCACAGGGCAUGGAAUUGUGUCCAGAGGGUUCUGGAAUAUCCCCAGUGAGGGAGACUCCAAACCCUCUCUGGUCUCUGCUCAGGGCUCAGUCACUGCACAGGGAAGUUCUUCCUCGUGUUCAGGUGGAACUUGUGGGCAUCAGUUCCUGCUUGUUCCUCCUGUCCACAGAGCAGGGCCUGCUCCAUCCUCUUGGCACUCCCUUUGGAUAUUUAUACACAUUGAUGAGGUCCCCUCUGUUGUCUCUUCUUGGGGCUGAGCAUUCCCAGCUCCUUCAGCCUUUCCUCCUGAGAGAGGCUCCACUCCCUUCACCCUCGUGGGAGGAUUUGCCUCUGCUGUUCCUCCUCCAGCAUCUCCGUGUCCCCCCUGUCCUGAGGAGCCCAGAACUGGGCACAGCCCUCUGGGUGUGCCUCAGCAGGGCUGAGCAGAGGGACAGGAUUCUUCCCUGGGCAGCAAUUUCCCAAGGUUUGUGUGGAAUUCAGGGACCUUGCUGUUCAAAUCCAGGGUCAGUCCUGCAGAGUUGGAUUUGCUGGGGAGGCAGAAAAGUUUGUGACAUGAUUUUCCUCAAACCCUGCUCUGAUGGAAUGAUGGAGCAUUCAGCUCUUAGCCCUCACCUUCCCCAGCUCCAUAAACACCUCCUCUGCUCUGGUACCUCUCUAGUAAAAGGAGUUUGUGGAUAGAUAAAAUUCGAGUCAGUGUACUUGAGAAGCACCCUCAGGUUUAUUCAGUAUUUCAGUGUUAUGAUGUUCCCUGCAUCCCAUUCCCAAUGCUGGCAGUGUAUUCCAUAAGGAUUUUUUUAUCUCCUCUUACUGUUGAUUCUAUCUGAAUGCCUCAAAAGCAGCUUUGACUGCAUAACUUAGAACUAAAAGUAUUUUUCUAGUCUGAUUUUUUUUAAAAAGAUGAUAUUUGUCAAAUCCAUGCACACUGGAGCUGGAACCCUUCCCUUUUCCCUGGCAGCUUUCUGGGAGAGUGAUGAAGUCUAAAUAAAAUGAGUGGUGAACACUGUUCUUACUGGGAGUUGCUGUCCAGUUGUACAGGAGAGUUCACAUGAGACUGUGUUUUACUCAGUAAUUUUUGUUCAAAUUUUGUGCAUCAAGCUACAGCCAUAGCACUGUACAGGUCAAGUAAUUAAAGAGGAAUCUUUUUUUUCCAUUGUGAGGGUGGGAAUGGGGAUCAGAAGAGAAGAAAGCCAUGGUUGAGCUGGUUCCAGUAGGGACAGAAGCAAAGGAACUGCUUGGAAAUCUGACUGCAGCUGUUCCUGCUUUCAGACCUCAUCCAUGCCCUGCAAAGGAUUCUCCUGAGUUUGUUAGGAAGUUCUGGGAUGCUCUGUGACCUUCCAGUGGACACUCCUUGGUGUUUUAGUGGCAGUUCCUGGAAUUUGGCUUCAGAGCCUGAGAGAGGAGCCAGAGCUGCUGAGUGUGUCAUAGUGAGAAACUGCAAUAACAGAACUUAAUUAUGGUUUAGUGCUUAAUUACAUUUUAGGGCUGUGGUCAUUCUCUGUUUAGUGCUCUUGCAGUAGCUGGUGGAUUCCUCACCAUUUUUCAUUCUUCUGGGAGUGGAAGGAAACUUCUCCAAGAGCAUCAUGUGUCUGUUCCUCCAUCCCAGUCUUGACACUUUCCUGUGGUUAGAGAACCAUUGGUAGGGAUGUGGCUGUGGUGAGGACUGACAGGCAUUUAAAUCCAUUUUUAGCCUGGUAGGAAAACUGACCUGACUCUUCCUCCUCAUUUCCUCAGUUUUCACCCUCCUGUGAGUCCUUGGCUCUUCAUUUUCUAUUUCUCCACACAGUUGCAGGUACACAAAUAAAUACAGCUUGGAAGGAAAACAAGGAAAACACAAGUCAGGUGGUUUUGCAGUGUCUUUUGACAGAUUAUUCUCAUUACUCUGGGUUUUCUAAGCACUGGUCCCAAGUCUGCACACUCAGUGUUGUGAGGUGAAAGGACAAAUGUAGAAGGUAAGGCUGGUUUUGGGGGGUGGGGGGAGGAGAGGGGAUAGUGUCUAGGAUGGAGUCACAGUGGCUCUGCUGUCCCACUGAGUGCAGUGGAGUGACCCUGGGCAGGCAGUAGAGACAGACCUUCACUGUCUGUGCUGCUCAGUGUUCAUUUAUUGGCAGCAGAACAAAAAUUGGAGCUGCUUGGACACCCAAACACCAGAAACAAACCCCAGUGUCUGUCCAGAUUCCCUCACUGGGGGCAUAUUUAUGUUUUCCUGGUGGGCAAGCCAGUCUCCAAGUCACCUGGAGUCCCUCCUGCUGCUGUCCUGGGGAUUAGGGAUGGGAGUGGCUCUUGGAUCCACCAUGGAGAGCCCUUGGAAGGCAGCACAGCUGUAGGAAAAGCCUCUCCCCCAGCGAGCCCUGUGUGAUGGAGGGUGAUGUUUACCUUCAAAGCAGUGUGAGCAGCUGUUCAACUUCUGGGUAUAUUUGUAAAAUUGGUCUUUUUAUACACCGUGUGAAAUGGACUGGAAUAAUUUCUUUUGCUGUUGUACCUGUGGAAGUACAAGCCAUUUUACAGGAAAAAAAAAUUAUAAAACAAAUUAAAAUAUUAUCUCAGUA